CCGCCUGCCCGCUGGAGAGUGAGCUGCGCCCAGCCGCCCAGCCAGCCCGCCGUUCUCUGGCCGCCGUCCGGGCGCGCGCAGCGAGCGGGCGCGACUAUGCCAAGAUGGUCCUGCAGGCGCGGAACAAGCACCGGGAGGCGGCUCCCAAGCCGCCCCAGCCGCCCCGCGCCUCACAGUCGCCGCUGAGGGGGGCGUCGGACGUCGGCGCCGGGGAGCCCGGGCCCGAGCGCGCGCCCCUGUCCCCGGGGCGCAAGGGCGCCGCGGGCAGGAAGGGGCCCCGCGCCGAGCCCGGCGCGCCGCCUGCCGGGGGCGGCCUUGGGGGGCUCCUGGCCGCCCGGCUGCGCUGGGCGCUGGGCCUGCGGCGCGCGGGGCGCGGCCGGACCUGGACCACGCUCCUGUUAGCUGUUUUUGCAGCAGUGUUGCACUGGAGCCAUAUAACACACCUCUUUGAAAAUGACCGUCAUUUUUCUCACCUCUCAACAUUGGAAAGGGAGAUGGCUUUUCGCACUGAAAUGGGACUAUAUUAUUCCUAUUUCAAGACUAUUGUGGAAGCACCCUCAUUUUUGAAUGGAGUAUGGAUGAUUAUGAAUGAUAAACUGACUGAAUACCCCCUUGUCAUUAAUACAUUAAAAAGAUUCAAUCUUUACCCUGAGGUAAUUUUGGCCAGUUGGUACCGGAUUUAUACCAAAAUAAUGGACUUGAUUGGUAUUCAAACCAAGAUAUGUUGGACGGUUACCAGAGGAGAAGGACUCAGUCCUAUUGAAAGCUGUGAAGGAUUGGGAGAUCCUGCUUGCUUUUAUGUUGCUAUAAUUUUUAUUUUAAAUGGACUAAUGAUGGCAUUAUUCUUCAUAUAUGGCACAUAUUUAAGUGGCAGCCGAUUAGGAGGCCUGGUUACAGUGUUGUGCUUCUUUUUCAAUCAUGGAGAGUGUACCCGUGUAAUGUGGACACCACCUCUCCGUGAAAGCUUCUCGUAUCCAUUUCUUGUUCUUCAGAUGUUGCUAGUGACUCAUAUUCUCAGGGCUACAAAACUUUAUAGAGGAAGCUUGAUUGCACUCUGCAUUUCCAAUGUAUUUUUCAUGCUUCCUUGGCAGUUUGCUCAGUUUGUACUUCUUACUCAGAUUUCUCUUGCACUUUGUUUUGUUUUGAUGUUUGGGAACUCAAUGUUAUUAACUUCUUAUUAUGCUUCUUCUUUGGUAAUUAUUUGGGGUAUUCUGGCAAUGAAACCACAUUUCCUGAAAAUAAAUGUAUCUGAACUUAGUUUAUGGGUUAUUCAAGGAUGUUUUUGGUUAUUUGGAACUGUCAUACUUAAAUACUUGACAUCUAAAAUUUUUGGUAUUGCAGAUGACGCUCAUAUUGGCAACUUACUAACAUCAAAAUUCUUCAGUUAUAAGGAUUUUGAUACUUUAUUGUAUACCUGUGCAGCGGAGUUUGACUUUAUGGAAAAAGAGACUCCACUGAGAUACACAAAGACAUUAUUGCUUCCAGUUGUUCUUGUAGUGUUUGUUGCUAUUGUUAGAAAGAUUAUUAGUGAUAUGUGGGGUGUCUUAGCUAAACAACAGACACACAUAAGAAAACACCAGUUUGAUCAUGGAGAGCUGGUUUACCAUGCAUUGCAAUUGUUAGCAUAUACAGCCCUUGGUAUUUUAAUUAUGAGACUAAAACUCUUCUUGACACCACACAUGUGUGUUAUGGCAUCACUGAUCUGCUCAAGACAGCUAUUUGGAUGGCUCUUUUGCAAAGUACAUCCUGGUGCUGUUGUGUUUGCUAUAUUAGCAGCAAUGUCAAUACAAGGUUCAGCAAAUCUGCAAACCCAGUGGAAUAUUGUAGGGGAGUUCAGCAAUUUGCCCCAAGAAGAACUUAUAGAAUGGAUCAAAUAUAGUACUAAACCAGAUGCAGUGUUUGCGGGUGCCAUGCCCACGAUGGCAAGUGUUAAGCUCUCUGCACUUCGGCCCAUUGUGAAUCAUCCACAUUAUGAAGACGCAGGCUUGAGAGCCAGAACGAAAAUAGUAUACUCAAUGUAUAGUCGGAAAGCAGCUGAAGAAGUGAAGCGAGAACUGAUAAAGUUAAAAGUGAACUAUUACAUUCUAGAAGAGUCAUGGUGUGUAAGAAGAUCCAAGCCUGGUUGCAGUAUGCCUGAAAUUUGGGAUGUAGAAGAUCCUGCCAAUGCUGGGAAAACUCCCUUAUGUAACCUCUUGGUGAAGGAUUCCAAACCUCACUUCACCACUGUAUUCCAGAACAGUGUUUACAAAGUCCUAGAAGUUGUAAAAGAAUGACUGCUACAUGACCUGCUGCCUACGGAGAACUACAUCUGUAAUGGUUUUAAUGUUUUGCUAAGUCAUGUGUUGUUCAUAUCCCAAAAACUUUUAUAGGUAACUGUUUUCAAAUAGAAAACGUUUUAUUUGGUCAAUUUGAAUGUCAUUCUAAUUAUAAAAAUGACUUACACCUUUAUCAAUUGGUUACUAUUUCAAUGCACCCUUUAAAAUUUGCUAUGCAAAUGAGUAUAUGCUUGUACUUGACUUUAAUAUUUGUGCUAAAGUGAGCAAAGCUACCUGUAUAAAGAAAACACAGUGGGUUGUGACAAGGAUGACAUGAAAAUACAGGACAAUUCUGACAAUGUAGGGGCUGAUUUUAUAGUGUAAGAACUAUUAAUGCCCCUUGCUUCUUUUUUCUGCCUCUUGCUCUUGUCUUUUGGACAUUUCAGUGAUUGUAAGUUCUUCGGUCAUGUCAGCCGCUGUCAUCAACUUGAGUUACAGUAGAUGGAGCAGACAUGGAGUGUUUGCUAUAUAGAACUAUCUGUUUGUUUUACUUCCCUGUGCGCUUUUUGUUCUCUGUUCUCUUGUUAAUGAAGCUUUUCCUGCCCAUUAUUAAUCCAAACUCUUGGACCUUGUGGUUAGGAAAUUCCCUUAACUUCCAGCCAUAUGGCAUUAUCGUGUCUCUUUCUCUCUCUCUCUUGCUCUCUCUCUUCUCCUCUUCCCCAUAUUUUCUGUCAAAUAAGUACUGUUUACUCAUUUAGUUGCUUAUCAAGUACUUAUUCUUGGUUUUAAAAAAAUUAAUGGUAACUGUAUUUUUCUCAUUUUUUAGCAUUAUUCAAAUGUUUAUAUUUUAAUAACUUUAAACCACUUUAAAAUUUUUUCAUGUUUAAUUAUAGUUUUAAGAAAAACUAUUUUGAACAACCCCAAAUAUAGUGCAUCUAGAAACUAAUGUAUAUUUGAUUAGACAUCAUUUAUAGUGGAACAGUAGACUGUAGUACAUGGUAAUUUUUCUUUUACUAUUAAGAUACAAUAAAACAUGACUAAUUUUGCUGUCAAAAAUGUAAAGAAUAAUGAUAAAUGGAGUUUUUAUAUUUUACUUUUAAGAUUGCCUGUCUUUAAUAAGACAAAGCCUUAAGCCUUAUGUUAUAAUUUUGGUUCUAAAAACCAUCAUUUCAGUAUAAGGAAUAAGUAUAUUUCGUCCUCCUCUUUAGUUUUUUUCUCCCUAUUUAUUUUUAUUUUGAAAAACUUCUACACCUUCUUUGAAUUCCUUGUAUGAAUUUUUGUUUCUUAGAAGUUAAUUUGUGUGAAAUGAGAUUCUUCAAAACGAUGAAACCUCAUAGCUCUGAGAAAAGGUUUUAGGGUUUUAAAUUCUAAGCAAACCGUGACUAUGGCUGACUGACUACACAUUUAAUUAUACUGCUUCUCUUUCUUAACCACAGGCAGAUUAACCUCAUUGUGGAUUGUCCUUCAGACCUUAGUCCUCAGGCAUGGUUUCUGGUGCCCACUCCUGGAAGCCGCUGUUCCCUUUCUACCUUCUUACCAGAGCCCAAGGGCAGGCCUGGUCCCGGGGAAGCAGCAGCUUGCUGACAUAAGUCAGCUGCAAAGGCUGAGGAGUGUGACCUCAGAGAAGCACCACCCCCCAGUCCUGCCCCAGUGCGCAGAGCCGCAGCUCCUAGGGAUGCUCCUUCCCUGGAGGCGGCCCAGGAGAGGGACUCUGGCAGCGUUCUUCAGAUUUGUGGCCACUGUUUCUCAUUUGCUGGUUGACUGUUUUUAUUUCUUAGGCUUUUGCUAGUUUUAGAAAAUAGGGAAGCAGCCCGUGAUUUGUGGAUUAAAAGCAACAUUUGAGCGAUGAUGUACAACAGUCCAGGAAAAUGGGCGGUGGACACUUGAGGCUGAGGAUGGGAGUUGACAUGGGCAGGGAGAGGGAGGUGUGCGCUGCUUAUCUGUGAUUGUUGCUCACCUGAGUGUGGCUGAUUGUGUACAUCCAGCAGUUACAAUUUUUAAAAAUUAUACUUUUACAUUUAUUUUAUAUUUUUUCUCACCCCCAGUAAUUUCCUUCCAAAGAAGUUCACAUGUAAUAAGUAGAAAUUCUGUAUAGGAAAAAAGCAUUAAAAAUACUAUUAUAACUGCUUCAUUUGCUGGGAACCAUUAAAAGUAGUAUAAAUUAGCUUUUUCCAGAAGGAUCCUUUUGUAGCAGUGUUUAUGAAUGUAACCCCCAGCAAAAUAUGGCUAUAUAUUAGGCGAGCCAGUUUGGAGCAGAGGCCUGAAGGUCCCUGCUAUGCAGCCGUGGCCACAGCUUGCAGCCCAAGCACUGUGGAGCAUCCGCACCUUUGAUGGCAAUGCAGAUUGGUAGCAGGUUCCAUAGGCGUACAAAACAGUAUUAAAGCUCAGUGUUUUGCAUAUUUUUAGCAUUUACAAAUAUUUUUGUUUUAGUAUGAGGAAAGUAAGGAUGGGCAAAGAGGCGAUCAAAAUAGCUAUUGCUACGACAUUUUCGAAAACAAAGUUGGGGCUGUAUUUCUUUAAAAAGAUAAGCCUCUAAAAAUGCUUGGCAAAAAAAAAUAUAGUGUUAAAAUAGGCCAGUGAUAUUCAUGAGAAAAUGAACGUAUGUAUCAGGAAUAAAGUGAUAUUGCAUAGGAGUAUUGUAUUUUUAUGAAUUUUAUGCCAGUUGUUUACAUGUACUAUAUAUGUUAAAUUAAAAAAAAUCAUGAGAAAUGA